AAAAAUCAGUUUUUCAUCUUAAUCGCAGACUGAUAAAAUGAACGACUUAAACUCCCCAGACAGACAAUUAAAACAUUAUUGCACAAAUUUGUCUCUUGACAAUUUCCUGUCUGAUAGUGAUUACUCAGCAACUGAUACAAAAUUGGUGUUUCUCUCGGGAUUGAUGUCUGCUAUUCAAAACAAGCAUGACAAAAUAAACGAAUGCAGUUCCUUCCAUCAAUUCUUUCAAAAAGGAGAGUGGAGAGCGAAUUUGUUGCAUUUUCUGAAAACCUGUUUAACUGUAGAAAAGAAUAGAUAUGUUAUUUUCACUGCAAGAAAAGUACUCGCAUGCCUUGUAAAGAAUUUCAACUCACAGGAAGGAAUGAAAGUAAUACAACAAAUAUUUGAUACCAAUGAUCAUCUUGAGGAAAUUCAUACAGGACUACAAAUCUGUAAAGUUUUAUUUUCUAAGAAAAAUGCAAACCAUGAAGAUAUGGUCUGUCAGCUGGGACCUUUAGUAACUAGAGCAUGGCAAACUUUAACAACUAUGAUUCGGGAUGAUAACGUAUAUAAUCAAUGCUUGUUAGAAUUAUUUUCUGUGUGUAUAAAACUUGCAAAAAUUGUUUUGACAAAAACUAUGACGAAUGAACCUGCGCUUAUUUUAAAAGCUAUACUCGGCAAUGGAGAAGAUUUUAAUCAAAUUCUGUUUGACAAAUCUAUUAAAACAUAUGUGAAGACAAAACUAAUGAAUUUUUUAUAUGUUAUUAUGAGAGAGAGUGAUUUAACAAACAUUACAAUGUUAAGUGAUGAGAUUUUCAGCAUUUCUGUUUCUCUAUUUAACAAACUAUUAUCCUGUGAUAUGCCAAGCAUUUUAAAGAAAAGUGGACGGACAACAUUUAUUGGGAAUUCUCAAGAUGUAACUGAUGGUAUAACAUGUGACAUUGGCCACAUCAGAGACUGGACGUUCCUGUGUUUAUGUUUAUCAUCUUGUUUAAUACAUCAGGAAGAUUUUAAGGACCAGGUUGAAAUUUUCCUUACAAGAACAGAUGACUGUGUGACACAACUGUUGGAUGAAAACAAACUGUCGGUGACCCCAUGGUUACCAGACAUUAACAUAUCAUUUCUAUGGUUACCAGAUAUCUAUGGAGAUCAAGAUGAUAAGUGGAUUGAUGCUAUGAUAUUACUAAUGGAAAUUUAUUCAUUAGAGAGAAAACAAUCUAGUUUAUAUACAGAGCAAUUUUUGGACCAGCAUCAUUUGCACUUUUUGCAGUUUGUCAGAACUCUUGGAUAUGACCAUCUUGUCCUAAUUGACCUAUUAACAUCACCUGAAACAAAUUGUCUUGCAUACCUAAUGAAAUAUUUGAAGUACUUGCUUUUAACCUGGAAUGAUUUCAUUACUAUUAUUAGUCAAAUUCAAUAUGCACAAAAUGCAGAAUUAGCUGAUAGUAAAGAUGAAUACUAUAAUGCAAAUGAAAAUGCUGAUGUAGCAAACUUAGGCCAAUAUGAUAUGACUUCCUUACAAUAUAGAUUAUCUAAGGAUGGGGAAGAACUACAUGAAAAUGUUAAAGAUGAUGUUACUGAAGUUAAACUUGAUUAUGUAGUAAAAGCAAAUGAGUUAUGUGUGGAUCACCAGAAAGAAGGUGAUGAAAGUCUUGAAAUAGGCAGUGAUAAGAGGAGUAAUGAUCAGUUACUUGCUUCUUCGAGCUUAUUGUUAAUUGCUGAUGCAUAUGAUGAUGUUGAUAAUGAUAGUGAUAACAGUGACGAUGAAAAUAGAAUAAUGUAUACAUUUGAUAAAAACAAAUGCAGCAACAUACAUGAGGCAGAAAUUAAAGUUUCAAUGCAAAAGAAAGAAUUUGAUGAAUUUCAUUCAACUAAAACAGUUUUACAUCUUACAAAGUCUCCAUCACAAGUUAAUGCAGGCAAAGUCUCACCACCCGAAGAUACAAUUAUACAACAAGAGGAAAAGAUUUCUAAUGGAUGUGAAGAAAACAAUGUGUUAGAAUUUGGUAGCACUGAAUCUGGUGCUGAAAUUGAUAAUGUUUCACUGGUUUUAAGUAUAACAGAAGAGGAUAAUGAACAUAACUUGGAUGUUGGCAAAGGUUGCAUAGCUGAUGAUUCUCAUGACAUACUUGACAAGGUGAUUGGAAUGAUUAUAAGAACAAGGUUACAGCUAGAGAAACUCAGUGAUUCUAGUUUGAUGAAAUAUAAUCCACAAGUAUUGGUAAACUUGAUUGAAUCUGUUGAGGAACUUUAUGAAAAGAACUGAGUGAAAAGUUUAAAGAGAAUGUACAUGUGAUAUUGAUUUUUUACACAGAUUUUUCAUUUUAGUUAUAAAAUCAGUAUAUAGGCUCAAAAAAAAAAAUCUACUGAAAUGUAUGAAGUAAAACAAAACUGAGACUCUAUUAAUCUAUAGAAUUAUCUUGUGGCAAAUUGGCAAAGUUCGACAUUUUAUAUAUUUUUCAAAAAAUGAAAUCUCUAAAAAUGUUAGCAACCAUUACAUUUACUACCAGUGCAGCAAAGUUGAUGAAAUGGAGCUGAUUUAGUUAGGGGCAGUGGUAAUUGAACAUUGAUAAUUUCAUCUACAUUGUAUUUGAAUGUAUGUUUUGUAUUUUUGAUGUGCGAUCCAUCCACAGGUUGCCAUCCUUAUUUCACUUUAACAGUUAUUUUAAUAUAGCUGAAUUUUGGUUUUUGGGAGAAUGUUUGUCAGCUAAGAAGGUUAGAUUAGAGGAAAUUAGCCAAGAUAAAUGACAUAUUUUAGAGUAAAAAAAAGAAGAAAAAAGAUGAAAAGUCAAACAUUAUCAAAAUGAUAGGUCAUCUUAAUAAAUUUUUGAACGGAUUUGAAAAUGACAAUGUUAUCUUUAUAUUGUAAGUUUUCACAACCCAACAAUGAUGUAUCAAUGUUUAAUGGAUGAUAAUAUCAAGUUUCUUAAAAGAGUAUUAUUUUUGUUCCAUGUACGAUUACAUUUGAAAAAGAAUAUGCUCUGCAUUUUCAAUCACAAUAUCACAUUGACAAAAAGGGUCAGGGUCGCAAAUGGUUAUCAUAUAAAUAGUUAUUUAGCCCUUUCCCUCAUGAGCAUAUUGUGAAAAAUGUCCGUUUUCACUGAAAAGCCUCAUGUUACAAGUUCAAACUGCUAUGAAACUAUGAAAAAUGCUUCAAUACUUAUCAAACUUGACACAAAUGUUGUUUAAUGACUCGACCAUUGCCUUUGUAACGACAUGCUCAGUCUUAAAUUUCCUGUUACCAUGGCAAGGAGGGGACAUCUCAAAAUUGCCAAAAAUCACUAUUUUGCCUCUAUGUUUUCCGUCAAAAUUUAUUUCAAAGUGCUGCAACUUCUCAAGGGAUUGAGAUAGAGUCAAAGGCUUUUCAGCGUUGGUUACACGUUACCUUAUGCUCGACCUGGGGUCAUUUUUAGCCCCUCACAAGUCCAAAAUUUUCUUGGCGAUGAGGGGGACUCCGCCUCCCUUCAAACCCCCCAAACAGAAGGGGCCACAUCCACCUUCUGGCAACCCCCUGAUGUAUCUUUUGGAUGGUGGGCGGCGCAGAAAAAAGUGCUCACUUUUUUAGCAGCAUUUCACAAACGAAAACAUGUGUUUGGGGCCAAAAUAGGACAUUUUUUCACUAUUUCAGUCCUAAAAGGGGGGGGGGGGGUCGAAAGUGUGUUGUUUUGCGUAUAUAUGAGGUAAAGGGUUAAAUUACUGCAAUUAUUUUUUUUAAACGUGUAUGCAAUAUUGAUCAGUAUCUCUAUCAGUUAUAUUACAAUACAGUACAUUAAAUUUUAAUGACUAAAUGAACUGUUAAACAUCAAAUGCAUAUUUUAAAGUUUAUAUGCAUGUUAAAGUUAUCAUUGUUGCCUUAAUAGAUUUUUUUUCUGUAAUAUUGUUUUCUGGGAAGGGCUUAAUCUAAUGUUGUAAGAACUUGUUGCCUAACCCAUUUGCAUUUUGAUAUGAUAUACUCAUCAUUUGUAUAAUAUGUUUGUUAACAUGUAUUUGAUGCAUUAAAAUAUGUUUAUUGUAGUUAAUGAAUAUUUUGAUCUAAAUUAGCUAUAUUUAAAUAAAAUAGAAUUGUCAAUGUUCAGUGAUCACUGCUUUUCAAUUUAGAUAGUAUUGCUUUUAAGCAAUAUAGUCUUCAAAAAUUGCUCUCAAUAAACCUGUCUUUAAUAUAUUGUAUGUACGUAAUAUGUUCCUUCAGCCGCAGAAAUCUUGUUUUAUAUUAACUUCUGGAA